CCAAACAUGGAGCCGCCGCUGGGCUUUCAGCUUUCAACGUUCAGUAAUUUAGCACGUUUAGUGGAGAUAGCAUAUGUGUGAAUUUCGCUAGGGAAGCACGCUUUUCUGAAAUUCGAUCAGCCGAAGCGGUGAGACUUUCUUGUAAACGCGAUCUCUCGAGCGAAGCAGUUUGUUUUGGGCCUCUUUGGGAACGUUCCUUGCUUCGAUCAGAUCAGUGUACUUGAAUCUGUCGCCAAUUAUCCGAUACUGAGUCCACUUGGGAGCGGAUCGAUUCGAGGCGGUGUCUCGAAGAACCUCGCUCUGAUAAGCUACCGAGUGUCAAUCCAUGCAUACAUAGCCAUUCUGCCGCCCAUCCGCCGCCAUCUAGUAUCGGCGCCGUCGCCAUAAGGAGGCCUCGGCCUUCUGACUCCAUUUUCUGAUCAUGACAGCCCUGGGGGAGUGGUUCACAGCAACUUUUCAUCACCUGGAUUACGUCAAAAAGGCAGUUCGGAUUGGAGUGACUCAGCACAUAGAACGUCCUCGACCUGACAAAUUCCCUGUGGAAUUGGAAGUAGCCUGUUCCCUAGUACCGAGGGAUUCUCGCGAGAAGAACCGCUUUCCCGGACCGAAAUUCUACUUUUCGGGUACGAUUUCCAACGCUUCGGAGCUUCAAGCAUUCCUCGAGACUGAAAUCGAGCUUCUCGAAUUCUCCGUGGAACCGGGCUACCAAAUAGAAUUCUGGUGGCAUCUAGUGUUCGGGAAGGAGUACAAACUAAGGUUGAGAGAGAUCGAAAAGCAGGAACGCGGCGUGCCGUUCAAGCCCUAUACCGGAUACGGUUUCCGAGAACGACUGGACCGUCGGCUCCGAUGCCUUGAGUGAAGAUUCGAUAAUUGGAGCCAAGUUCAGCGGAAUACUGCAUAGCGGUGCAGGGAUACAGGAAGGGAGAUCCUCAAUGAUCAUGAGCUCGACGCUAUAAAUGUAGGUACUCCAGGAAAUUCCCUCAGACUGUGCGAACUCUUCGUAAACCCUGAAGAAUGUAUGAUCAUUAGAGGUAUUUUAAUAAACUCUCUGCACUCCCGGCGUGAAGGCGGUAAUUAUGGAACUGAGCAGGAGAGCGAUGUCACGCCAAUAUUGUAACAAAGCUUGAGGAAAAACCACAACUACGAAUAGUAGAUCCUGCACUUGGAAAACGUCACCAGAGGACGAAUGAUCAUGUAGGAGCAAACAAUGGCAUGUUCUUGGGACGUGCUGGGCCUCACGGCCCGAUCUGGUCGCUCGUGGCCAUUAUAGCUGAUUCCGCGCAAGAUGUAGCGGUAAACAAGCUACAGCCUAAUAGAGGCAUCGAGAAUAUUCUUUCGAAACCCAUUGGAUCGACCAGAGAGAACAAACUCAAGAUCGUCAGGUCUCGGGCGAUUUCAUCCGCUGGAGAACUCACAGACAUCGAGUUCCUCGACCGUGUCAAGUUCAGAAUCGGGAGAAAGAACCACCGAGAGUCUCGAAAACCUUCACAAUCAGUUAGACGGUUCUUGUGACGAUGACGCUCGCUCCGAAAAUUCGCCGUCGACCCUCUCUGCCGACGAACCGCUCCCGGAGGUAGCCAUAUCCGUCCUUGACAGCGACUUGGACGAUGUUGUUGCCUCACCUCCUGAACUCCUGAACCAUCCUCGGCAGACAGUGGUGAUGACAUUGAUGAGGCAUUCGCCAAACAGACAUGCCUCAUUUCCGAAAAUUAGUCUCGUGGGAGACCUUGCAGUCAAAGCUCAUCGAAUAUGAUUGUUGUGGAACCACAUAGAUUCAGCAGCGCGCAUACGACGCCGACGCCGGUGUCUGAUGACGCCUGAGUUCGACGACGAGAAAUGGAAGCGUUAGCUAGCAGGUCGAUAGCCCCUUUUCUUGAGACGAAUAAAAAUGAGUCAUUCCAGGCUCGGCUGUGCUAACGACAGCAUCUCCA